CAGCUCCCGCUCACCCAAACAGAAGACGUCGGCGCCAGAGUGGGCUCGGACAUGGCGAGGCAGCGCGCCCGCACGAGCAGCGGGGCCCGGUGAUCCCUCCCUCCUUCCCUACCCCCCUCCCCUCUCCCGCACGCACGCCCUGUCCGCCCCCACCCCACCCCCACCCCGGGCGCGCCCGCCCGCAGCCCGGGGCACACACCCGCACGCACGCCCCAGCACACACUCCCGCACUCCCACGCCCGCCCCCGAGCCCAGUGGCCGAACCACGCCACGCGUGCCUAGCCAGCCCACCGGCAGCCCCCGCCGCUCCCACCGCCCCCGGGCCCCGAUGGACUGAAUGAAGGCUGCCUACACCGCCUAUCGAUGCCUCACCAAAGACCUAGAAGGCUGCGCCAUGAACCCGGAGCUGACAAUGGAAAGUCUGGGCACUUUGCACGGGCCGGUCGGCGGCGGCAGCGGCGGGGGCGGCGGCGGGGGCGGCGGGGGCGGGGGCGGGGGCCCGGGCCAUGAACAGGAGCUGCUGGCCAGCCCCAGCCCCCACCACGCGGGCCGCGGCGGUGCUGGCUCGCUGCGUGGCCCGCCGCCGCCGCCAGCCGCGCAUCAGGAGCUGGGCACCGCGGCAGCGGCGGCAGCCGCGGCGUCGCGUUCGGCCAUGGUCACCAGUAUGGCCUCGAUCCUGGACGGCAGCGACUACCGGCCUGAGCUUUCCAUCCCGCUGCACCACGCUAUGAGCAUGUCCUGCGACUCGUCCCCGCCAGGCAUGGGCAUGAGCAACACCUACACUACGCUGACUCCGCUCCAGCCGCUGCCACCCAUCUCCACGGUGUCAGACAAGUUCCACCACCCGCACCCUCACCACCACCCUCACCACCACCAUCACCACCACCAUCACCAUCAGCGUCUGUCGGGCAACGUCAGUGGCAGCUUCACCCUCAUGCGCGACGAGCGGGCGGCGCUGGCCUCGGUGGGCCACCUCUACGGGCCCUACGGCAAGGAGCUGCCCACCAUGGGGUCGCCACUGUCGCCGCUGCCCAGCGCGCUGCCCCCAGCUCUGCACAGCGCCCCGCAGCCGCCACCGCCUCCUCCGCCGCCGCUCGCAGCUUACGGGGCUCCGGGCCACCUGGCCGGGGACAAACUACUACCACCCACCGCCUUCGAGCCACACGCCGCGUUGCUGGGACGCGCGGAGGACGCGCUGGCCCGAGGGCUUCCUGGAGGCGGCGGCGGCGCGGGAGGCGGCGGGGCGGCUGGCGGGGCGGCCGCGGGUUUGCUGGCUCCGCUGGGCGGGCUGGCCGCGGCUGGGGCUCACGGGCCUCACUCAGGUGGUGGUGGCCCCGGAGGGGGCGGUGGCGCCGGCGGAGGCGGCAGCGGCCCGGGAGCCGGCGCCGCAGCCGAAGAGAUCAACACCAAAGAGGUGGCCCAGCGUAUCACCGCCGAGCUGAAGCGCUACAGCAUCCCACAGGCUAUCUUCGCACAGAGGGUUCUAUGCCGGUCUCAGGGGACUCUCUCCGACCUGCUCCGGAAUCCCAAACCCUGGAGUAAACUCAAAUCUGGCAGGGAGACCUUCCGCAGGAUGUGGAAGUGGCUGCAGGAGCCCGAGUUCCAGCGCAUGUCUGCCUUACGCCUGGCAGCGUGCAAACGCAAGGAGCAAGAACCCAACAAAGACAGGAACAACUCCCAGAAGAAAUCCCGCCUGGUGUUCACGGACCUCCAACGCCGAACACUCUUCGCCAUUUUCAAGGAGAACAAGCGUCCUUCGAAGGAAAUGCAGAUCACCAUCUCCCAGCAACUGGGGCUGGAGCUGACCACGGUCAGUAACUUCUUCAUGAACGCCCGGCGCCGCAGCCUGGAGAAAUGGCAAGAUGACCUAAGCACGGGGGGCUCCUCCUCCACCUCCAGCACUUGUACCAAAGCAUGAUCCAAGGACUCUCACCUGGGCACAAGUCACCUCCAAAUGAGGACAACAGAUACCAAAAAAAAAAAAAAAACCCAAAAUACCAAAAAAAAAAAAAUCACAGACAUCAGAUUCUUAGCUGGGGCCCUUCACUGGUGACUUGAAAGCACAAUUCUCUUGAAACGUCUCUUCUAGCUGUAAUCAUAGGCCAGGUGUUCAUUGUGUUCGCUUUUGUUUUAAAUGGCUACAGAGUCCAAGUGCGCGCUGAAAACGAAUCUCUCUGAACCAGACAGUGUCCUCUGAGCAUGCUAGGCAUCCCAGAGAUCCAAAUGGGGCCUUCUUGGAGCGAGUUCACUACAGCAGGGUGUCAGCCGAGCUCAGCAUGGCUGUAAGCGUCAACAGUCCCAUUCAGGCCCCGUCAAUCUCUUGCAUCCGUUGCCCACGGGUAAUAGUGGGAAUUUGGCCUGAGUAAAGACACAGCGUAGGAUUCCAAGACUCUACGUGAUGAAAAGAAUUCAACAACAAGAAAGACCUCAUUUGCUUCCCAAGUGCUUAGCGUCUUUAUAUCACAAUAUACUAAAAUUCUCAGCCAUAACAUUACAAAAAAAAAUCAGAAUGGUGAUUACUGAGCACAAGUUUUAAAUAUGAAAAUCAAUAAAAAUCCAAGGACCUGUUUUUUUCCAACUCAGGCAUUUUUUCACUGGAUAGUUUAGAAAGUUUUAGGUUGAUUAAUUUACAAUGUUCCUUUUCCUUACCUCCUGGAAAUCUCAUGUGGUCUUUUGGAUCCGUCGGGAGAAAAAAAAUAAAAGUCAGUUCACUUGAGCUCAAAGUAUCAAGCACAACGAAGAUAUAACAGAAAUAAGGAAGGUUCUGGUUUCAAUGCAUCCAGUCUGACAAGGCGGUUUAGAUCUGCCUUGCUGUUGUGAAGUCAUUAGGAAACCAUUGGAAAUAUGGCUUCAAGCACACUUUGCAGUUUGUUACAAAUUCUAUUUGUCCAUAAGGCAGAUGCACACUCAGGAGGCCAAGUUAACUGUUACAGUACAGGAGCAAAUGCAUCGUUUAAAAAGAUGUAGAUUUUGUUUUUAGAUCAUUACCAUGUCCUUGAUUUACUAGUCACCCAGUUCCUCCUCUGUGCAUUACGACUACCAUGCGGUCCAUUCUCAUUCUUGCUGAUUUAUGUUGUUCUCCGUCCCAUCCCAUGAAUUGGGAUGCUUCUGUUGUUUUCUAGAAAGAAACAGUUCAAUAAGCCACAUCCUGUCGUCUCUUCCUAACUCUCUUCCAUUGUUGAUUCAUCCUUGUAAAACAGCUGACUGAAUCUGGAAAGAACACAGCACACCAAAGAAGCAGAAUACUGCAAACCAAAGACAUUUAUUACCUGCCAUUUUCUAGCCUACAAAUACUGUGAUUACUUUUAGAGAUCAGAACACCUCUGUAACUCCGAAUGGCAUUCGGCUCUUGUCUUGGGCUCACCCUCUGGCUGAGCAAACCAGCUAUGCCAAUGACAUUCGCCAGGCAUCCAGGCGGUGGCUUCACCAUGCCAGCUCUGGUUGUCACUUUCUCAUAGCGAUUGGAAGAGGGCCCACAGAACUCUGGGAGAUUACAAAGGUCACUAUGUGCGUAUUUACCAGUGAAUGGCCCCAGGUGGGCACCGUGAGGUGUUCCAAGCAAGCCAAACGCUGCAAUGAGUCUUUACAGACACUUAAGACUGACUUUUGUAUGAAUUACUUAAUUGAAACCAAAGAAUCUUUUUCUGCACCUACUUCUGCAACAAACAGAACUGUCCCAUUAAACUGAGUAAAUGAUCCCAUUAAUCACCGGAAACCACCACCAACAGGAAAAGCACGCUAAAAUAAAAACACCGAAGACACACUGUGUUCAAACAGACCUCUUGGGACAUUUUUUUUUUUUUUUGGAAGCAGAUUUGAAAGGGUUGAGACAAGAAUCAGAACACAGAAGAGCCUCAGUGGCCGCUGCUUCAUUUGACAACUCACUUGGUAAUCUUAAAGCUGAAGAUUGUCUUUAAUUUGUGCCUAUGCAGUUUUUUCAAAAGAACAUGGAACAGAGCAACAGAAACCUCAACAGCUACAAUACCAAAGACGAGGAUUCUCACACCUUUUGUCUCAGUUCGUUACCUUCUUUUGCCUGGCUAAAAAUACUAAUAGCGUCAUUGAUCUGUACAAAGGUAAUUGAUUUUGUUUCUUUAAGCAACGAAAGGAAAGGGUCAUUCGUUUGAUUUCAUUGCUUCCCUUUAGUUUUGUCUUACGGCUUUUUACUCAGCAUGGAAUCCCCCCCAAAAAGGUUCCAUGGACCCCCAAAUUUGAGAUGUUGGGAUACUGAAUGCUGUUCCCCUCUCUCUUCAACAGAGUCUGGGAUAUACUAUUGUCGCUUGAAUGUUUGUUGCUUAACCCUUAGACUUGGUUGCUUCUAUGUUCAAUGUCUCAUCUUUAGGGGAAGGGAGGGGAGCAAGGGUCAGGGGUAGGAGUCUUGGUGAUACGUCCUCGCCAGAGCCACAGAACCAAAGAAUUUAUAGAGAAAUUUACAACCUCAUCUUCAUGUGAUUGCCACAUAUUAACAGGGCUUCAUUUGGGGGUGGGGAAACAUGUAAAAAGAAUUGCCAGUUUCUACUUUUCUAUUAGCUUUUUAAAAAAAAUCAGCUGUAAAGUUGCAUUUCUAAAGAAAGAUAUAAAUAUAUAUAUAUUAAAUGUAUGAGUACAUAUAUAGACCAACCUGCAUUGGUGACAACCCAAAGUUUUCCUGUCAACAUGCCAUGUUUUUGUCAUAUGUUCCAUUUUCUGAGUAUUGGGUUCACAACUGUUCUCAUGUCUCAUACCAUUCCAGAGUUAAUUUGCCACUAUGGUUGUCUGGCAGUAUCCGUAUUUCUAUGUCAAUUUAUGGGAAAAAGUUGAAAGUCACAUUUAAGUAUCACUACAUGUAACCUGCUGAUGAAUGGAUUCAUGAUAUAAAUGAGUUUUAUUUGCAUCUAGUCAUCUCUAUUCUAUGCCUCAACCAUGUUAAAGCAAGGUUUCUCCACCAGGUUAGCUCAGAGCUACUGUGGCUGGCAGUUCGGGGAAUGCUUAGUAGUCUAUUCCCAUCCACUGUGGAGUAGAACUCCCAGAAAUCCACCUUCCAGUAGGUGCCCCAUCCAUCAGGGUAGUCUAGAUUCUUCAUAGUGAGCGGAGCCACCAGGGACUUCUCAUGGGGAAGUCCAGCGCCUAUUGCAAUAGGUUGACCAGGUGUCCUCAGGGUAGUAAUUACCUAUUUAUAUUGAGAAGUUUGACUGCAACCAUAGCUCCCACUGGGGUGGAACAGGGUCACUGGGGGGUGGGGUGGGGACAUAGCUCAACCCUGGAGAAAAGACAUAUGGCAGAUUGUGAGGAGAGUCCCAGAUUCCCAUCCCUGGGGAGCCACAUUAUCUGCUCUGCCACCUCCUUCCGUGCCCAGUGUGGCCUGUCCUGUGUAUGAGCAUCAUUUCUAGAACUCCGUGUGAUUUCUAUAGUCUGUCCUGCCCGGAGAAUGUUUCUCUCACCCUUCCCUUGUCUCCCUUUAUCUCUUGCUUGUAUUCCAUGGGCCCUUGGUCAAAUGGCCAAGAGAAAUGCAUAUCUCUUCCAAAGGUUGCUCCCAUCUCAGCUUGCUCAGGUGAAUUUUAGCUUGGGCAAACACUAAAUGGGCCCCUGUGAUGUGUGGCCACUGGGAACGGUGGUUCUGAUGGAAUGUAGGCUGAGGAACCAAGCACCUUGUUUUGGCUGGUGACUGGCACACGAAGUAACGGCAUUUGGGUCUCUACAUCCUUGGAAGAUGGUGACAUGAAGGAAAAAAAAAGCAAGAAAAAUGUCUCACCUAUCUCAGAUAAUAUCAAAGAGAAUGUUUGCUUUAAAAAGUUAUUUGUACACACACACACGUAUGUAUAUGUAUAUGUGUCUGUAUACAUAUGUGUCAAAAUUUUAAGCCCUACAAAGUAUAAUUUUGCUAGCUGGCUAGCUGGAAGAAAAAAAAAGUGCUAUGCUCAAAGGUUAUAGAAUUUGACCCAGUGUUUUUUUCCCAAAGCUUUUACAUUUUUAUUUUAAAUUAAUAGUUUCAGAUAAAAUAACGAUUGGAUAAAGUAUAGAGUCAAAAUCCUCAAUUCAAGGAAAGUUCCAGACUGCCUCAGCCAUCAGCAACAGCUGGACACUAUGCAAUAAUAGUUCACAACCCAAUUUCACAUUCUUGGGGUGACAGAAACCCAAAUGCUCGAUGCUUGUGGGUGAAACAAGUCUUUCUUUAAGCCUUUGCGUAACUAAACUUGUGUUUUCUUUUGUUUUCAGUGUGAUUUUAGUGAUGGAGAUUCAAUUCCUUCAUUACAAGAAUUCUUUUAAAGGAGAGUCAAUAUAUUUUUUUAAAGGACAAUAACAUUAAUAAUAAAAAUUCGAUUCCGUUAUUUUAAAAAAUUCCCCGCAAUGUUAUAGAGCAUUUAGUUUGUGCCACAGACUAGUCUGAGCCCAGAAGGAAGACUGUGCACAGCUCUGGUUUUUCUAAAGGCUCUUGGCAGCUUUGGCUUUGGAAAGCCAAUCUCAUUGUCACUUCAAGCUAAAGCAAACCAAACACUAGGAAGUUAAGCCUACUAGACACACACACACACACACACACACACACACACACACACUUUUCUAAGGUAAGCAGUUAGUUUCAAAGCCAAAUAUUAAUAAUUUAAUUUUAAAUAAUCAAACAAUGUCUAUGUUGGGCAUCCAUGACUUAGUGCCAGUAAAUUAAAAUUGAAUAGCUUUUUAAACAAAUAGUCACUAUUUGGUAGGUACAGAGGGGAAGUAUCCCCAUUAUAAAAAAAUGUCUAGGGAUGUGUCUGUUAGCUAGAUACUAUCAUGGAAAAUAUCACGGAAAUACACUUUUGGAGGAAAUGGGUCCUCAGGAGCUUGUCUAGUUGGAAUUUUUCAAAACCUACAAAUUCCAAGGUUGUUAAAGAAUAAUCGUCUAUUGAAAAAUGGAGAAAGUAGAUCAAAGUUGUGGUUAAUGUUGACCACAUGGCCCAGACAUUGCUUUGUCAAUAUCUCUUCUAGCUUCCGGCACAGUCACAGCUGACUUUACUGUCCUGUUGAUGCUGAUUCAGACUUGCUAGUCUAACCAAGUGAGUGGGAAGCAGAAGAAGGGCUAGAGCCUUUCUGAUGAUUACCUGCAAGGUUUGAUAGCUGGACAGUGCUGGGUAGUCAGCUAACCGGAGAGUGCAGCUGUAAAAUCAGCCAACAUGAAUCCCCACUUAAGAAGAGCAGUAUUUCUGGUGGCUGCUUGAACUAUAGAUGCCCAAAUGCCUAUUUUCUAUCUACACUUGUUUCUUUGCAAGGUAGGGGGUAAGGGUGGGAGGUUGAUUGGUUUGGUUCGUUUUAGAAAGUCCCAAGUACUUGUGAAACAAAAAAAUAAUUCUUAAAAUAACUUAGGAUCUCAUAUACAUAGAGGCAGAACUUUUCAUCAAGGCUAUGUGUUAUGCUCUGAGUCCACCUUAAGGGCUCAUCAACCUCAGUUACCCAAGUGGCUACCAGUUGCAGGGAAGGUGGAGCCUCGACUUUACCUCUGUGCGCUUUGAGUUAGGUUGAUUGACAUUAACCAGUUCAUAGUUUUGAGUAGAGAAAAAUGUAAAUAAGGAAAAAAAUCACCAUAGGUUUGGUCAUUCCAUGGGAAUCUUCCAUUUAGCUCAGUUUUUAGCAACAGGCAUUUUAUAUGGCACAGACCUUGGUAGAUAAGUUUGCUUGAUGCUUAUACAGUCUGUGGGCUUGGAUGUAUACAGGUCUAGAUACAUAUUUCAACAUAGAUCCUCAUAGUUGACUUUAUAUCCACAUAUAUUGCCUAGAGGUGUCUAGACUGUGUACAUGCAAGUGUGUACAGACAUGUUUAAUACAUACAUACAUAUAUAUUGUAAUCUGUUACAAUAAAUAAAUUUCAAAUCAUCCUGCAACAUGUAUGUGAUACUUUGACAUUGUACCUUGUCUUUAUUAUUUUCUUGUAAAGCUGAAAACCAAAGUGCAGAAAUAUAAGCAAAAGUAUCCCACAUCGUCAUUCAUCUUUAUACUUGAAAUUACUUUCAUUUGGGUCCAGCCAAGACCAACAACUUAUUGAUGGAACAUUGGAUAUUAUUUAAUUGUCUGUGUUAGAUGUUUGAUGACUUUGGUCAAAUAGCUUUAUUCUGAAUCUCUCAUAACUAAAGCUAAAUCCAAAGACCUGAAAAAGAACAAAAAAAGGGGGCGGGUGGGGCUGGGGGGAUGCAGAGGAAAAGUGCACAUCAGUGGGAAAAAAGUGGGCUCUGGUUUCCAGGGUGGAAACAAGGGUGGGGUGGUCUUGUGGAGGUUACAUUAGCUAGUGGGGGAGGGGUGGUUUUUAUCCCUCAUGUCUGUCAUAUCGAAGUGGUCUUUAAUGUGAUAAAGCUUUAAAUGUUAUACUUUGCUGCUUUGUGUUAACUUAGAAUAUAGAAAGAAAUGACCCGUUUUGUCCAUCAAAAGGAAAACCAAAACAUGAAGACAACCCAUCCCCACCCCUCAGAUAUAUUUGAACGUGUCUCUUUCAACUGUGACCCGAGAAGCUGUUAGUUAAUAUAAUUAAGUUAUUUAAAUUAGUUUCCUGUAUGCUUAGCACGUAGCAUUUUGGGUAAUUAUUUAAGUCUCUUUCCUUAGUUUGAUUUGACUCCUUAUUCUUAUUUAUGAAAAUGCAGAGCAAGCAAGGCUCAUCUGAGAUGCAGAACCCUAGCCGCCGCUCUCCUCCACUGGACCCUGCUUCUUAAAACAGUGAACUUCUGUUACAGACAGGGAAGAAGCCUAGGUUACAGUGAAACUGAAAAACAGUCGGGGGGGGGGAGGGGGACAUUUCCCCUCUCUGGUUAAUUUCUAGAAUGGUUUGAUGGUUUUUUUAAUUAUUUAAUUUAAGUUCACAGUGCCACCAGGUACCAGGCGAACUUCACCUCUUAAUUCCUGGGGCCCUCAGAGCCUUUCUAUUGUAACUUAUUUAUUUAACUUAUUCGGCAUCUGCGACAGGUGCGCUGUACAGUUUGUGUUUGUUAUUUAAAACAACAGGGAGCACUGCAGUUUGCUGUCAGAACAACAGAGCAGAUUUGUGGACAAGCAGUGACUGCUCAGCCGGAACCUUCUUCAGAACACUCGAGCUGAGAUCCAACAUCACCGGCCCGGAUUUUGGGGCUUCUAUAUGGAAACUGGAAAAAAUAAAUUAAAAAAAAAAAAAAACAAUAAACCAAAAA